AUGGCCGAAAAACAUACGGCAAACACUCUUGACGGUUCGACAGACGUCUCAUUGGCAGACGCUCAGAGCCUCACAGAGAGGAACAACAUGACUCUGGAAAGCGAGAAACAGGUCGAGGCCGGCCAGCGCGAUGUCGCCAGCCGCGACGAACACACAACUGUCCACGAGCCGAUCGCAGACGAAAAGGCAGCCGUAGACACUGCCCUCGAAAAGGCAGACAGCGGAGAUGUGGCUGACGAAAAGAAAAUCGAAAACGAAGAGGACGAGGAAGAUCAAACAGAAUAUCCAGCCAAAUGGAGACUGGCACUCAUCACAAUUGCUUUGUGUUUGUCCGUUUUUUGCAUGGCUUUGGACAACACCAUUAUCGCAACUGCCAUUCCUCGAAUUACAGAUCAGUUCAACGCCGUGAACGACGUCGGUUGGUACGGUGCCGCCUAUCUGUUGACCACUUGCUGUUUGCAGUUGAUCUUCGGUAAACUCUACACCUUCUACUCGAUCAAAUGGGUCUACCUCACAGCGCUGUUCAUCUUUGAGCUCGGUUCAUUUGUCUGCGGUAUUACUCCCAACUCUGUGGGUUUGAUCAUGGGUCGUGCAGUUGCCGGUAUUGGCGCUGCUGGUAUCUUCUCCGGUGCUCUGCUUAUCGUCUCACGUACCGUGCCCCUUUCGCAACGCCCGAUGUACAUGGGUUUGAUCGGUGGCAUGUGGGGCAUUGCCUCUGUCGCUGGACCUCUAAUGGGCGGUGCAUUCACUGACAAGGUCACCUGGCGUUGGUGCUUCUACAUCAACCUUCCCUUCGGCGCCAUCACCGGUCUCUUCAUCAUCUUCUUCUUCCAGCCCCCUGGCGGAAAGAACAAGGCAGCUGCUUUGACAUGGAAAGAACAGGUCAAGCUGCUCGAUCUCGAGGGAACCUUCUUCUUCAUUCCCGGUGUUAUCUGCCUUUUGCUUGCCCUGCAAUGGGGAGGCACCAAGUACGCCUGGAGUGACGGACGCAUCAUUGCCCUUUUCGUGCUGUUCGGUGUUUUGAUUAUUGGCUUUGUGGCCAUCCAGAUCUGGAAGGGGGAAAUGGCUACCGUGCCACCUCGUAUCUUCAAAAACCGCAACAUCUGGGGUUGUGCGUUGUUUGCUGCCUUCCAGGGUGCUGCUUUCUUCGUCAUGGUUUACUACAUUCCCAUCUGGUUCCAAGCCAUCAAGGGCGCCUCGGCUGUUCGAUCUGGUAUCAUGAACCUACCCCUUAUUCUCAGUCUUGUUGCCAUCUCCAUGCUUUCUGGCGGUCUCGUCAGUUACAUCGGUUACUACACUCCCUUCAUGAUCAUUUCCUCUAUCCUGUGUUCCAUUGGUGCGGGUCUCAUGACCACAUUCAACGUCGACACUCCUCAGCCGCAAUGGAUUGGUUACCAAUUCCUCUUCGGUGCCGGCGUCGGCUUCGGCAUGCAGCAGACCAUGAUUGCCGUGCAGGMUUGCCUGAAGGGUAACGACAUUGCGGUCGGAACAGCCAUCAUCAUGUUCUCGCAGACUCUCGGCGGUGCCCUUUUCAUUGCUGUUGCCGAAAACGUCUUUGAGAACAGACUCGUCAGCAACGUCGUCGCCGCCAAUCUCCCCGGUCUUAAUCCCCUCACAGUCCUCAACACCGGCGCCACUCAAAUCCAAAAGGUCAUUCCCGAAGAGUUCCUCCCUACUGUCCUCAACGCCUACAACGACGCAUUGACAAAUGCUUACUACGUCUCGGUCGCCAUGAGCUGUCUGACAAUCGUCGGCGCCCUAAGCAUCCAAUGGGUAUCCAUCAAGGGCAAGCGCAUCGAAAUGACCGCCGCAUAA